AUGUCUGGUGCUGGGCAGCGCGAAAACAUAUUUCCGACUCGAAUGGCCCUCACCAAUACGAAGCAGCGGUUGAAAGGCGCACAGACAGGUCAUUCGCUGUUAGCUAAGAAACGCGAUGCUUUGACGACUCGGUUUCGAGCUAUCUUGAAGAAAGUGGACGAAGCUAAGCGCAAGAUGGGCAGGGUGAUGCAGCUAGCCUCCUUCUCUUUGGCAGAGGUUACCUAUGCUACUGGAGACAUAUCCUAUCUCGUCAGGGAACAGGCCAAGGCCGCAUCCUUCAAAGUGAAGGCGAAGCAAGAGAAUGUUUCGGGUGUCGUCCUCCCUGCAUUCGAGGUUGACAGGGUAGCGGGAUCUGAUUUCAAUCUCACUGGUCUCGGACGUGGUGGCCAGCAAGUGUUGAAGGCUAAAGAAGUGUAUGCUAAAGCUGUGGAGACUCUAGUAGAACUGGCCUCCCUGCAGACAGCGUUCAUGAUUCUUGACGAAGUCAUCCGGGCAACGAACCGGCGGGUUAACGCUAUUGAACAUGUUGUUAUCCCUCGGUUGGAAAAUACGAUCAAGUACAUCACGAGUGAGCUAGAUGAGAUGGACCGAGAAGAGUUCUUCCGUCUCAAGAAAGUCCAGGCAAAGAAGAAGCGCGAUGCUCAAGCGGAGGACGCCAGACGAGCAGCGCUGCCAAUAGCAGAUGAAAUCAGUCCGCCGACACAGGAGAUUGCAGCAGAUGAUAGCCCAGGCGAUCUUCUCAAUAGCAAAGACGAAGAUGUCAUUUUCUGA